AUGAAAAAAAAAAAAAAGAAAACAUCUGGUUACGUCGCUAGAGAUUUAAAACUACUUGUUCGACAAGCUAAAUUAAAAGCAAUGAGAUCUGUUCAUGACUCGAAUCAUAACUUGAUUGAUCAAUUUAAACAAUUAUCGAUAUCAACAACUGAACAAAAGAAAUAUAAAGUCCAAUUAUCAGAUUUUGAGUAUGCAUUAGAGAUCUAUAGACCUUCUCAACAAAUAGGAAUACCAACAGAAUCAAUUACAAGAAAAAAGAAAUCAAAAAGCUGGGAUGAUUUAGGCGGUUAUGAAAAGAUAAAGGAUAGAAUAAAGCAAGCAGUUUUAUUACCUUUAUUAAAACCAGAUGUAUUUAUCAGAUUAGGAGUGAAGCCUCCAUCAGGGUUAUUAUUGUACGGUCCAUCUGGUUGUGGUAAAACUGCUCUUGCGCAAGCAUUAAUGUCAGAAUCAAUGAUGAAUGUUAUAUCUAUUAAAGGGCCUGAAAUAUUUUCAAAGUAUCUUGGCGAAACAGAACAUAAAAUACGAACAUUGUUUUCUACAGCUAAACGUAUUUCUCCUUGUAUCGUUUUCAUUGAUGAAAUGGAUUCAAUAGCUACAAGAAGAGGAUUUGAUAUGAAUGAUGAGGGAAGUAAUGGAGUCAAUGAGCGUGUCUUGAGUACAUUGCUGAAUGAGAUUGAUGGUGUUGAAGGUAGACAAGGUGUUGUUGUAAUCGGCUGUACGAAUCGACCAGAUCAAAUUGAUGAUGCUUUACUUCGACCAGGUCGUCUUGAUCAACUUAUCUAUGUUAAAUUACCUACAUUUGAAGAUCGUGUAGAUAUUAUUCAAAGACUUUUAAAAACUAUCUCUGUUACAAAUAAUAAGGAUGAAGCGAUUGAUCCUAUUGAAUUAGCUAAGCAAACCGAAUUUUGUUCUGGUGCAGAUUUAGAAAACCUAUUUAGAGAGGCUGGUACAGUAGCUCUCCGGAAGGAUAUAAAUACAAAAUAUAUUACUAAACAGCAUAUUCAAGAAGUAAUAAUACCAAUUUGUGAAAAAGCAGAGGAUCAAAUAUUAGAUGGAAGACUAGAUAUUUAUGAACGAUUUUUACAUGAACAUCAGCAAUAG